UCAUGAUUAAGUUUUACUCGACUACAAAGUCGAGCUUUCAAGAUUAGACUUUCAGGUCUGCAAGAUUGGUUUGAAUAAUGUGUUAUUAUGUAAAAACAAAGUAGUUCCAUUAUUAAAACUUAGUGCUUGAGAAAUAGAGAAUUUGUAAUAAAGAGGAAUGGCAUCAACUAGUAGACAGAGCAAUGUAUAUUAUGAGGACAUUCCUCCUGGUACUCUGAAUGAAGAUGAAUUCAUAUGCACAGAACGUAUAGUUCCAAGAAAGAUAAAACCCCAGAAUUUAGUUGUUCGGUUGAUGGAGAGAGAGAUUUAUGGCUCACGAAAACCAGGUUCCCACUUUCAUGUAGUUCGGGAAUUUUAUCAAAAUGUUUUCCCUAAUUUAACUAUAGUGAAUGUUGAAAAACCACCAUGUUUUCUAAGGAAAUUUAGUCCAGAUGGAAAACACUUUAUAGCAUUUUCAGCAGAUCAAACUUCUUUAGAGAUAUAUGAAUACAGAGGGGCAGCAGCUGCAGGAGAUCUAGUAGCGAGGUACCCCUCAGAUUUACUUAAUGCAGAUGCUGAAAUACAUUACACAAUAAGAACACAUAUUUUUUAUAGAUUUUUCAAGCCCAAAUUUACAGUCAAUGUAUGUCAACAAAGAGAGAUUCCAAGAGAGGAACGAAAUGCAAACCAGGUACCAUUCAUGGAGCAACAAUUAAAUCGAGAGUGCAGUCUGUUCACUGAAGAUGGUCGUUAUGUGAUAGUGGGCUCGGCUGCUCACAUACCUGACGACCUAAGACCACAUUUUUAUCAUAUACACAGCAACAAUGAAGCUGUCACACCUACAAUGAGGUCCGCAUUGGAAGACUAUUCUCUUCAUUUAGUAGACUUACAUCACGGAAAGUUGUGCGAUACAAAACAUUUUCGAAUCGAUAAAAUCUAUCUAUCUCAUAAUCAAGGUAUAUACUUAUACAAAGAAGUGUUAGCCGUGCUGUCUGUACAACACCAAACAAUACAUCUAUUUCAAAUUGUUGAAGGAAUGUUAAUAGAAAUAAGAAAAAUCGGAAGAUUCUGCUAUGACGACGACCCAUUUAUUGUAAGCUCAGUGUAUGCGCCUCUUCUGAACGAGAGACCGUUUCAUGAAGAGACAAUAAAUAGUUUGAAACAUAGACUUUUGGUUUUUCUAUUUAAGAGAGCUAAGACCAUUAGUGAUGAAACAGGCGACCCCCUUGAAUUGAGGAAGUUUUAUAAAUAUUUUGACAUGUUUCGGAGUCUCAGAAUGUGGAAGAUGCAGUUACUGGAUGAAGACCACUUAUUUAUAAAAUAUGCCAGUGAAGAAGUAGUGACACUGAGAGUUGCCGAGCCAAAUAGUCAGUCAUCAUUUUUUGUAAUUUACAAUAUAAGUGAAAGCAAAAUAUUAGAAGUCUAUGAAAACACUUCUGAGGGAUUGUUACAAUUAUUUGAGAAUUAUUGCGAUUGUUUUAGAAAUGCUAGACUGUGUGCAGACUCACAGUUUACAUGUUCACCUUCUAAUAACUUAUAUGCAAGAUUGACACAACAGAGAUUCAAGCAAACCAUAGUGAGAGCUAUUUAUGGCGGUCGCACGGAAGCAACGAAACGAAUAUUAGCACAGUUGCCUAUUAGCGCACAGUCAUACAGCGGAUCACCAUAUUUGGACUUGGGUCUUUUCAGUUAUGAUGACAAAUGGGUAUCUGUAAUGGAAAGGCCUAAAGCUUAUGGGGAAUACCCCAUUAGGUUUUACGCUCGAGACUCUGGCCUAUUAAAAUUUAAGAUCUACGCUGGUGUACUGGGUCAGUCGGUGCCAGCCAGUGCACGGCGACUAGUCGCCUUUACUUUCCAUCCAACGGAUCCCUUCGCCAUCAGCGUACAAAGAACAAAUUCGGAAUACAUUGUGAAUUUCCAUAUUAGGAAUGCUGUAUUCAGCUGAUGCUUAGAUCGUGAUUUUUAGUAUAUACAAUAUUGUUUUAUUUCAUAUCAUUUCAUAUUUUUUAAUUCAGUAAUUCCAUAAGACAAUACAUAUUGUUAUCAUACGUAAAUAAUCAGUUUUGAAACUUACUAUAUAAUGUACAUAUUAUAGUUACUAAUUCAUAUAAAAAAAAUAUCCGAGCCUUUAAGAAAAUCUGUAAACAAGU